CAUCCAAAGUACGGUCGCAUCGCUGUGAAUAUAAACGCAAUAUUAAAAAACAGAACAAAAGUUAGCCAGUGAUAAACUUAAAAAUUUGCUUUACACUGUAUGCUGAACGCCAGUCGCCGGCAGUACUUUGCCACUAUUGCAAAUGCAGCUGGAAAAUCAAAAAGUCCAACGGACAGUUUAGGCCAAAACAAUAUUUGCAAUAAACUUAGAAAAUCAAAACAAUUGAAACCCCAGAAAACAGGGAAAGAAGGCGUUCAGCUAUGUGUAAGUUAAGAAAUAAAAAAUGAUUCGUUAAGAAAAUCCAGUCAAUUGAACUACAAAUUAUCCGCCUCAGAAAUUCGAGGUUCCCGCUUAAGUCGUAGUUCUUCGAUCAGAACAGAUCCCAUCGAACGGCGUAAGAUGGACGAGCCCUCGGACGAUGAGAACGCGGAGCCCACUCCCAAGAAGAUUAAGCGGGAGUGGGUGAAAAGCUAUUCGAACAAGGCCAUGGAGAUGAUGAAGAAAAUGGGUUACGAGAACGACAAGGGAUUGGGAAAGAGCAAUCAGGGUCGUCUGGAGCCCAUCAUCGCCGUUCAGCAGGAUGGUCGCCGUGGCUUCGGCCUUAAAUUGGACUCCGUCCACACUUCAGCUGGCCAAUGGGAUCCUGCCUGUGAGGAGCUUGAGAUACCCGAACCGGUUCUUUGGCUUCACAAUCCUGGUGGAGGAGCUGAUUCAUACAGUCUCGAUCAGCUGAUGGGGCACGUGGUUACCGGCCAAAAAAAACUAUCCAUCGACGAGGAGACACGCUACUGCGAUCCGGAAAUUCUGCAUCGCAUUCUUGAUGCCAAAACUGUAUUCGACGAUCUCAACGACAGCGAGAAACGGCGGGCGAGAUCUCGUUGCAAUCCGUUUGAGACCAUCCGCAGCUCUAUCUUCCUUAAUCGUGCCGCUGUCAAGAUGGCUAACAUCGACUCCAUGUGCGACUUCAUGUUUACCAAUCCCCGCGACCCCAAUGGCCAGAGUCUAGUAGCUGCCGACGAGCUUCUCUACUUCACGGACAUGUGUGCAGGCCCUGGUGGUUUCUCCGAAUACGUUCUGUUCCGUAAAUCAUGGGAGGCCAAAGGCUUCGGCUUCACGCUGCGCGGCGCCAAUGACUUUAAGCUGGAUAAAUUUUUUGCCGCAUCGGCGGAACCCUUUGAUACAUUUUAUGGGGUAAAGGAGGACGGCAACAUCUUUGAUGAAAGCAAUCAGGACUCUCUCAACGAAUACAUACGCCUGCAUACGCCGCAGGGUGUUCACUUUGCCAUGGCCGACGGUGGCUUCUCGGUGGAGGGUCAGGAAAACAUCCAGGAGAUAUUAUCCAAGCAGUUGUAUCUUUGUCAGUUUCUCACCGCCCUAAAGAUUCUGCGCCCGAACGGCAGCUUCGUUUGCAAGGUGUUCGACCUAUUUACACCGUUCAGCGUGGGUCUGGUCUACCUGAUGUAUAAGUGCUUCCAACAGAUUGCCAUCAUCAAGCCGAACAGCAGCCGGCCAGCAAAUUCGGAGCGCUACUUGGUCUGCAAGUACAAACGAUCAGACACAGAGACGGCGGCCAUCAUAGCUUACCUUAACUCUGUGAACCUCAUGCUGGUCGAAGAAUCGCAGAUAGAAGACAGCCAGAACGACGUGCUGGAGAUCUUUGAUGCCAACGAACUGGCCGAGGACGAGGACUUCCUGCGCUACAUCAUCGAUUCAAAUAAUGCCAUUGGCAGGAAGCAGAUCGUGGGCCUUCAAAAGAUAGCCGCCUUUGCCCAAAAUCCGGAUCUGAAGGAGGCCAAGCAGUCAGAGGUGCGUCAGGAGUGCCUUAAACGGUGGGGACUGCCGGAUAAACUGCGUCAGGCGCCAGAAAUCAAGCCAACAGAUAGACUGCUUGAAGAACUUCUGGCCGAUUGGGCGUCGGAUCGCAGCUGGCUGAAUAUGAUGGCCAAUAAGAUAAACGGCGUAACCCCUCUAGCGAAUACCGUGCAAAAUAUUGCGGACUGGUACUUUGUUCCUGUGGGACGCGAGGAAACGAACAUCAAUGCCUGCACUCUGUUCUUGUGCAAGUCUCGAGGCAAUCUGCUUCGCUAUACUGAGCACAAGAAGUGGGAGCUGGUGGAGACCGCCUUCGAGGUGCAGCCGCGGUCGAUUUUCUUCGGCCAGAUUGUGUACGAAUUCUACGGAGAGGGCAGGACCAUUCAACGUGUGGCUGCAUUGCACAUCAUCGAUGGCAUCUGCCUGGGCGGAAUUGAUAUACGGCGUCGGCCGUUCCGCGAGCGUGUGAGCAUGUGCGAUAAAUUUGCCAGGAGUCUAAACAAGCCGCAUCGCAAGGAACGAACGUUUGGAGCGCUGCGCAGCAAGCCUUUCUUUCGUCUACAGGAUAUGGGCAGUUUCUUUGCCGAUAUGCGGCACUACGUGCUGAAAGAUAACUCGCAGCGGUUUGGUUACGCGCUGGACGACAACAAGUUCUUUGUGCCGGGCGGCAUUCUGAUGUUUUGCGAACUAACCUCAACCUAUGUGUCCGCCCACUCGCGAUCGCGGGGUCAGCUGUACUAUUUUAACGUUAAGACUUCAGAGUCGUAUUACAAGGAUCAGAUACCUAGCAAGAAGGCCGCCGAGAUCUUUGCAUCGUUCCGGUAUAGCUAUUGCCGCCGCCUGCUCUGGAAGUGGACGGACCUGCGCCAGGUAGAGGAACUGGCCACCGAGGACAAUCCAAAGAUCCUGUACCGCAGCGAUUUCAUCAAGUUCAUCGCGGACAAGAUGGGCCACAGCUAGGCCAAUUAAACUUAGCCAUAAGUCUUAUUAGACAUACACAUACGUGUUUUUUUUUUAAACUUACCCCAUACAUUAGGAUUCAUCUGGAGGUUUUACAACAAAUCCCUGCAAUUUACUUAUUCGAUUUAAGUAUUCGACGAUUAGUUGUCUGCAGGAACUAAAUCAUUUUUUUUGACCAUCACCGCUAACACUAUUCAUAUAAUGUCUGUUUUAUUUCUAAAGAUCUUACCAAAGCUA